AUGAAGAGGUCUCUCAGAAAGUUGGGAGUUCUGACGGUAGAGAAGCAUCACCACCGUGACCGCACUAACAAACUUCCUUUCUCCCAGUUAGAGGACCUCGCUCAGGCUACCCAGGAUAUGCAAGACAUGAGAGACUGCUACGAUAGCUUGCUUUCCGCGGCAGCAGCCGCCGCCAACAGUGCUUAUGAAUUCUCAGAGUCCUUGGGAGAAUUGGGCUCUUGCCUUCUUCAGAAAACCGCCUUGCAUGAUGACGAAGAAAGCAGCAAAGUUCUCAUAAUGCUCGGUAAAAUGCAGUUUCAACUCCAGAAACUCAUUGAUAAAUAUCGCUCUCAUAUUACCCAGACAAUUACCACUCCCUCCGACUCUCUUCUCAAUGAACUUCGCGUUGUUGAGCAGGAGAUGAAGCGACAUUGUGACGAAAAAAGAGUAGCAUAUGAGUCCAUGUUAACAAGAUAUAGAGAAAGAGGUAGGUCUAGAAGCGGAAAAGCAGAGAGCAUUUCCUUGCAGCAGUUACAAAUUGCUCGUGAUGAAUAUGAUGAGGAGGCUACAUUAUUUGUUUUCCGCUUGAAAUCUCUGAAGCAAGGGCAAUCGUGGAGCCUUCUAACACAGGCAGCACGUCACCAUGCAGCUCAGUUGUGUUUCUUCAAGAACGCAGUUAAAUCUCUUGAGACAGCAGAGCCACAUGUAAAAUCAGUAACAGAACAGCAUCACAUUGAUUACCACUUCAUUGCUAUUGGAGGAGAGGAUGAUGAUGAAGACGAUGACGAUGACAGCCAUGAUGAGAAUGAUGAUGGGGAGCUGAGUUUUGACUAUGCACAAAAUGAAAACGAGCAAGAUGUUUCUACAUUAAAGAACUCAAAGGAGUUGGGCCUGGUGGAACCUACCUUUCCCAAAGGUCCAACUGUAAAAGCUAAGGGAAACUUGGAUAGGCUUCCCAGGAAUUCAUUCUCCUUCAAUUUUAGGUUAGAGAGCCAAUCUGCCCCACUUUUUGCUGAUAAUAAAUGUGAUUAUGGCGAAAAGCUGAGACAGAUGCGGCCAACUUUAUCACGGAAGUUCGAUUCAUAUGUUCUGCCUACACCAAUUGAUGCAAAGAGUUCGAUACCUCCGAGGUUGAGUAAGCAAGUACCUUCUAAAAUAAAGACAAGUUUAUAUGAGCCUAUGAAGAAUGAGUGGUAUUCAUCCCCACUGGAACAAAAGAAAUAUGGAAACAUUUUUGGAGAUGGGGGAUUUUCUGGUCCUAAUGUUAGGCCUCCGCAGUCUGUGCUCAAGGAGAGUAACAGCAAUACUGCCUACACAAGAUUGCGGCCUCCUUUAAUUGAUGGUAAUUUAUCCUCAAAUCAUGAUUUUGUUACUGCUUAUUCUAAAAAGAUUAAAAGACAUGCCUUUUCUGGUCCAUUGGUAACUAAUGCUUGGCCAACCAAGCCUGUUUCUGUAGAAAGUGUCCAAUUGUUUUCUGGACCUCUUCUACGGACAUCAAUUCCUCAGCCUCCAUCAUCGGCAUCUCCAAAAGUAUCUCCUAGUGCUUCUCCCCCUCGUUCAUCUUCACCUAAAAUAAAUGAGCUUCAUGAACUUCCAAGGCCUCCAACCAUUUCCCCACCAAAUUCUAAGUUUAUAGGUUUGGUGGGUCAUUCAGGUCCAUUGGUGUCCCGAGGUCAACAGCUCUCUGCUCGAAGUAAUUUAGUUACGUCAAAUUCAGCAUCUCCAUUGCCAAUGCCUCCUCAAGCCAUGGCUCGAAGUUUCUCCAUACCUUCUACUGGUGGUAAAGUUGCAGCAUUAGAUGGGUCAAGACCUCUAGAAGACCCUAACAGAUCAUCUGUAUCCGAAUAUAUUGAUUCUCCUCCUCCGAUGCACAUUGCUUCAUCUACUCUUCAGCCAUCAUCAGAUGGCUCAGAGACUGCUGCUCGGGCUGUCUAA